CAACAAAUUUUUCAAAUUUUCAGCUAGAAAAUGCCGAAAGGCGGUGCGUCGUGCUUGACGCCAGUCUACGCAGGUAUCCGAGAUGAUCUGAACAGUUUUCUCCGGGCUUAUUUGCAAUUCGAGUCUGUCAGAUUUUUUGACUACAAAGUCAUGUUCGAAAAUCGCGGAAUGGUGGGACUCUUCACCGGAAGACACAAUAGUGCGGAGAUUAUCGAGUUCAACGAAUGUCUCCUGGUACAUUGCUUGCCAUAUAUGGAGGAAUGCGUCUGCCCAGGAACUCCCAGAAGCUUAAAAGAGCGGCUUUUCGGGCUUUAUUCGCUCUAUACUUUCUAUUACAUACAACAAGAAAAGCAUGUCGUUAAAGUUCGUAUGGACCCGGAUUCAUCUCGCAACUUCCGAAGGUUCGCACAGUUUCUGCUGACGGAGAAGAUUUACGAUGCUUAUGCGUUGUGCCAGAAGUUGCUCGAGGAUAAGGCUAUCAAGCAAGUCGCAUUCAUAUCGAUUCACGACCCGUCUCAUUUCAAGCGAUUCUACACGGAUGACAAGGUAUCCGGUGUGAGCAUUCGCACAAAUCUCAAUGAUCCGCUGGUCAAUGUGAAAGCUCUUGUAGAGCAGUUUGACGCCUUGGGUGUGAUUCAUAAAGAGUAUUCAAGACUGAAGAUGAAGCUGGGAAUCACUUCAUGGAUGAAGCUGAAAGACCCGAUUGAGGAGCUGAAGAAGAUUAUCAAGACGAGCUUGCAAGCCGUGGAGAGCUCUUCCGGCGUUGACGAGAUUGUGCAUACAGAUCACUCGGCUCAACAGCUCGCUUCUCGUGGAAUGCAAAGAUCGUCGAUCAAGGAUCAAGCUCACUCGGCGGCUCUCAAGUUUUCGAGAACUCGACGCCAUCGAUCAGUUAAACCCGUUAUCGUGCCUGCAGAAACUUUCGAAUAUGCUCCGGAUCCUAAAAAGAAGAAAGAAGCUCAAGAAACUAUGCCAGUUUCUGGGAGAAAUGGAAGAAAGCGUGGGCGUCCAAAGAGCGUGCCUAAAUCAAAAGUUUCAAAUCCUGCACGAAUCCUGUAUGAAAAACUCGCUGAAGAUAUGAUUUCCGAGCAUCUUUCCACUGAUCUGACCGAACAAGAAGCCUUCACCGACAGGCCGCAAUCAAGCCUCGAACCACAGAAAAAUGAGCUGUUUAAUUGGGAUGCUGCUCCACAAGAUGCCCAGAUUUCAAAUCAAACCACAGAGCCAUCGUGCGGUGAAGAUAUUUUCAUCGAAGACUUUGGAGAAUUCAAGUCCCAAGAUGACGUCAUGUUCACUGCAGAAGAUUUCAACGAUUCUCUUAUUCCACCACUAGCCGAUUCCGACAGCGAUUUGGAAAUAGACGCGUAGAGCCGAGCCAAAAGAAUUUGCUAAGAAUUUUAACCAUUUUGUAUUAUUUUUGUUUGUUCAUUUUUCUCACAUUAUAGGCAAUUCCCAUGUUUUUUUUAAACCUGUAUCCACUAUUAUUUCACAUUUUGUUACAUUUUUAUUCUGCACUUUUUUAAUUUUGUAAUAUUUUUUGUUCCCCGAGCAGUAGUAUUACGUAGUAAAAUUUGGUUGCCAAGAUAUAGAUGUUAAACUUUCUAGAAUAUUCGAAUGAUAAAUAGUUCCUUUUCAAAAGUUUCC